GGGACAAAAAUCUUUGAGCUGUGCAAGAGUCCAACUGCCCAGUGCUGGCUUUUAUCACUCGCUGGGACAAGGAUCACGUGGAGAGGCGGGGAGUCAGCCCUGCAGAGCCCAGGUGGCAUCGUGGUGUUUGUUGGUGCUGGGGUCUGGGAGCUUCUGGCCCGAUGGCAUCCGUAACCCAGCAGCAGAUCCAGAAGUUCCACAAGGAUGGCUUCCUCGUCCUGGAGCAGUUCUUCAGCGCAGAGGAGUGUGACAGCAUGAGGAGCCAGAUCCAGAGGAUCGUGGCGGAGAUGGAAGUGCCGCCGCACUGCCGCACCGCCUUCUCCACCAGGGAGGAGGAGCAGCUCCAGGAGCAGGGCAGCUCAGAUUAUUUCCUAACCAGUGGAGACAAGAUUAGAUUCUUCUUUGAGAAAGGUGUUUUGGAUGAGAAAGGUAACUUUCUAAUUCCGAAGGAGAAGUCUAUCAGCAAGAUUGGCCAUGCUCUACAUGCUUAUGACCCUGUCUUCAAGCAAAUCACCCACUCCCCCAAGGUGCAGGAACUGGGAAGAAAGCUGGGCCUUGAGAGACCAGUAGUUGUGCAGAGCAUGUAUAUCUUCAAGCAACCUGGCAUUGGUGGUGAAGUGACACCACACCAGGAUGCCAGUUUCCUGCACACGGAGCCCCUGGGCAGGAUCCUGGGGUUCUGGAUUGCCCUGGAAGAUGCCACACAGGAGAAUGGCUGUCUGUGGUUCAUCCCUGGCUCUCACACCAAUGGGAUUGCCAGGCGGAUGGUCCGUGCAGCUGCAGGUGCCUCAACAUGUGUGGAGUUCGUAGGCUCAGAGCCAGCCUACGAUGACAAGCAGUUCAUACCCCUGCCCAUAAGGAAAGGUGGACUCAUCCUCAUCCAUGGCGAGGUUGUCCAUAAGAGUGAACUCAACAGCUCUGAGUCUUCUCGCCACGCCUUCACCUUCCACGUGAUGGAAGCCAAAGGCACCACCUGGAGCAAAGAGAACUGGCUCCAGCCAACUCCUGAACUGCCUUUUCCAUCACUCUACACUUGAAGUUAGCGACUGGCUUGUGGAGUCAAUAGCUGAUCAAUAUUCCUUUCUGAUUGUUCAUUCACGGUCUGUUUAAAAACAACCUUCACUAGAUCAGCUCUCAAUGUUAAUUUCUCCUCCUCCUCAAAACCAGGACCAUUUUCACAGCCCAAAGCUGCAGUGGACAGAAGCUUCUACUGCAGCAGGAGCCCUGCCAGUGUGAGAGUAGUCACCCAGUCCUUUUGGUAAGGAAACACCUUCAGUCUUGAAAACAAACCAGUUAAGACCAUUGCACCUUGACUGGGACCACUUAGCAAGUACUUCUCCUUGCAGAUACUCAGUAUUUUCUCAGAAUAUACAUAGUAUUUUCUAAGUUUAAGAACUUAAGUGCAUUUCUUGGCUGGUCGACUCCAGCAAUGCAGGUGAACAUGUUGUGGGGAGAAGUUUGAUUUUCACCCGUAGUUUUCUCUCUUAUUGUUGGAAUAACAGUGAUUUAAAACAAUCUUGUUGUGGGUGAAAUGAAGCAAGAGGUCUGCUUUUUAUAAUCAAUCUUUUAAAUACUCCUGGCAAACAGUAGCUGAGUGUUUCAUCUCUGAGUGUGAUAAAAAAUACAACAGUUUUUAAAGAUUCAUGUUGAAAUGAUGGAAACAACCUCAAUCAAACUCUUUACACUUAAAUAAAAAGAUAGAAAUUCUUCUUUUCA